GUACACACCGUGUCCGGGACACCCUAUAGUCAGCCGCAUGGCUCCCCUGUGCCCCAGCCCCUGGCUCCCUCUGUUGAUCCCAGCCCCUAGCCAGGACCCUGCUGUGCAACUGCUGCUGUUACUGCUGCUCCUGGUGCCUGCCCAUCCCCAGAGCCUGCCUCGGAUGCAGGGGACUCCCCCAAUGGGAGGAGAUUCAUCUGGGGAAGAUGACCCACUGGGUGAGGAUGACCUGCCCAGUGAAGAGGACUCAUCUAGAGAAGAGGACCCACCUGGAAUGAAGACUGAACCAGGAGAAGAGGACUCUCUGAAGUUAGAGGAUCUACCUACUGUUGAGGCUCCCAGGGACACUCGAAGCCCCCAGAAUAAUGCCCACAGGGACAACAAAGCAGGUGAUGACCACAGACAUUGGCGCUAUGGAGGCGACCCGCCCUGGCCGCAGGUAUCGCCAGCCUGCGCAGGCCGCUUCCAGUCCCCAGUGGAUAUCCGCCCCGAGCUAGCCGUUUUCUGCCCCGCCCUGCGCUCGGUACAACUCCUGGGCUUUGAGCUCCCGCCGUUCCCCGAACUGCGCCUGCGCAACAACGGCCACACGGUGCAGCUGACCCUGCCUCCCGGGCUGGAGAUGGCCCUGGGCCCCGGGCGGGAGUACCGGGCUCUGCAGCUGCAUCUGCACUGGGGAGCUGCGGGCCGCCCGGGCUCGGAGCACACGGUUGGCGGCCACCGUUUCCCGGCCGAGAUCCACGUGGUUCACAUCAGCACUGCAUUUGCCAAAGUGGAUGAGGCCAUGGGACGCCCGGGGGGCCUGGCCGUGUUGGCCGCCUUUCUGCAGGAAGGCCCAGAAGAAAACAGCGCCUAUGAGCAGUUGUUGUCACACUUGGAAGAAAUCACUGAGGAAGACUCAGAGACUUGGAUCCCAGGACUGGAUGUGUCUGCACUGCUGCCCUCUGACCUCAGCCGCUACUUCCGAUAUGAGGGGUCCCUGACCACACCCCCCUGUGCCCAGGGGGUCAUCUGGACUGUAUUCAACCAGACAGUGAGGCUGAGUGCUAAGCAGCUCCACACCCUCUUUGGCUCCCUGUGGGGACCUGACAACUCUCGGCUACAGCUGAACUUCAGGGCCACGCAGCCUUUGAAUGGGCGAGUGAUGGAGGCCUCCUUCCCUGCUGGAGUGGACAGCAGCCCUAGGACCACGGAGCCAGUCCACCUGAACUCCUGCCUCGCUACUGGGGACGUCCUGGCCCUGGUUUUUGGCCUCCUCUUUGCAGCCACCAGCAUUGCCUUCCUUGUGCACAUGAGAAGGCAGCAGAGACUCAGAAGUGGGACCAAAGGGAGUGUUAGCUACCACCCAGCAGAGGUCACCGAGACUGUCGCCUAGAGGCCUGCAACUUGGAGACUGUGCAGAGUCAGCAGCCAGGAGUGAGGGGCAGCUGGAGGCUUUGUUGUGUCCUGCCCAUCACACCACUUCCUUUUUAACCUCCAAGGGUUUUUUUUAAAUAAAUGUUUCUCAUGAAA